GCCGUGCGGCGAGGCCGCUGGCGGGACCCGAGCUGCGGUGCUGGCUGCUGGAGUGACCUAUCCUGUUGGUGUGGGUACGCUUCGUGGCAAUGGCUUCUUUCGUGACGGAAGUCUUGGCCCACUCGGGGAGCCUGGAGAAGGAGGAUCUGGGCACCAGGAUCAGCCGUCUGACCCGGCGGGUGGAGGAGAUCAAGGGCGAGGUGUGCAAUAUGAUCAGCAAGAAGUACAGUGAAUUCCUGCCUACCAUGCAGAGCGCACAGGCCCUCGUCACCCAGGUGGACACUCUAUCCAAUGACAUCGACCAGCUGAAAUCCAGGAUAGAGACCGAGGUCUGUCGGGAUCUUCACAUAUCAACUGUUGAGUUUACGAACUUGAAGCAGCGGCUGGAAAGAGACUCUGUCGUCCUAAGUUUGCUCAAACAGCUGCAAGAGUUUUCUUCUGCUAUUGAAGAGUAUAACGGUGCACUGGCAGAGAAGAAAUACAUCCCUGCUGCCCGGCUCCUGGAGGAGGCACAGGAAUGCUUGAAGUUAUUAAAAUCAAAAAAAUGCUUUGACUUAAAAAUGUUGAAGUCUCUCAGCAUGGAGCUCACGGUACAGAAGCAGAACAUCCUUUACCACCUGGGAGAAGACUGGCAGAAGCUGGUUGUAUGGAAGUUCCCGCCAUCAAAAGAUACCAGCAGCUUAGAAUCUUGUCUACAAACAGAACUUCAUUUGUGCACUGAGCAGCCCGAGAAAGAGGAGAUGACUCCUCUGCCAUCCAUCAGCUCUGUCCUCUUGGCGUUUUCUAUUCUUGGAGAAUUACCCACCAAGCUGAAGUCAUUUGGUCAGAUGCUGCUGAAGUAUAUACUUAAGCCUCUGGUGACUUGCCCGUCGCUCCAUGCUGUGAUUGAAAGGCAGCCGAAUUCAGUUAGCAUUUGUUUCCAGUCUCUGACGACGGACUCAGAACAUCCACCACCACCCGAAGCUUUUGCAAAGAUCCAGUUGGUAUUGGAAGUGCUCCAGAAACAGCUUCUAGAUUUGCCUCUUGAUGCUGACCUAGAAAUUGGAAAAGUCCCUGAGAUCGUGUUGGUUGAGAUGCUUGGUGAGGUGAUCUGGGAGGACCUGUCCGAUUGCCUCAUCAGAAACUGCUUGGUUUACUCUAUUCCCACCAAUAGCAGCAAGCUACAGCAAUAUGAGGAGAUCAUACAGUCCACAGAGGAAUUUGAAAAGUCCCUAAAGGAGAUGAGAUUUUUAAAAGGAGAUACUACUGACUUGCUGAAAUAUGCUCGCAAUAUCAAUUCUCAUUUUGCUAAUAAGAAGUGCCAGGAUGUGAUUGUGGCGGCUAGACAUCUAAUGACCUCCGAAAUUCACAACACCGUGAAGAUUGGUCCUGAUUGUGAGGAAACCCUACCAGACUUGCCCAGUCCUGAUGCCGACCACAGGCUACAAGUGCAAGUGUGCAAAGUGCAGUUCACCGAUGCCGGACACUUAGAGCCUGAGACUUCGCUGGACCCUCGGUCCUUCUCUUUACCCACGUGCCGCAUCAGUGAGGCUGUGAAGAAGUUAAUGGAGCUCGCUUAUCAGACUUUACUUGAGGCAACAACAAGUAGCGACCAAUGUGCUGUCCAGCUUUUUUACUCAGUGAGAAAUAUCUUCCAUUUGUUCCAUGAUGUGGUGCCCACAUACCACAAGGAGAACCUUCAGAAGCUUCCCCAGUUGGCUGCCAUUCACCAUAACAACUGCAUGUAUAUUGCUCACCACUUGCUGACCCUCGGCCAUCAGUUCAGAUCUCGGCUCACCCCCAUUCUUUGUGAUGGCACGACCACUUUUGUGGACCUUGUGCCUGGCUUCAGAAGACUUGGGACGGAGUGUUUUUUGGCCCAGAUGCGGACCCAGAAAGGAGAACUUCUGGAGAGAUUAUCAAGUGCUAGGAGCUUUGCAAACAUGGAUGAUGAAGAGAAUUAUUCUGCAGCAAGCAAGGCAGUGAGGCAGGUGCUGCACCAGCUGAAGAGACUUGGGAUCGUGUGGCAGGAUGUCCUGCCGGUGAACAUAUACUGCAAGGCUAUGGGGACCUUGUUGAACACCGUGAUUGCUGAGAUGAUUGGCAGGAUCACUGCUCUAGAGGACAUCUCGACUGAAGAUGGCGAUAGAUUGUAUUCCCUGUGCAAAACAGUGAUGGAUGAAGGGCCACAAGUAUUUGCACCUCUGUCUGAUGAAAACAAAAACAAGAAAUACCAAGAAGAGGUUCCGGUCUAUGUGUCCAAGUGGAUGCCUUUCAAAGAACUCAUGAUAAUGCUACAAGCUAGCUUGCAGGAAAUCGGAGAUAGGUGGGCAGAUGGAAAAGGGCCCCUGGCAACUGCAUUCCCUUCCAGCGAAGUAAAAGCUUUAAUUCGUGCCUUGUUCCAGAACACAGAAAGAAGAGCGGCUGCCCUUGCUAAGAUUAAAUAGCUCCCCCUUCCUCCUUUGGUAUGAUUAUUUCCUUCCAAACGUCUUGGAAUUACUCAUUGGUGUUGGUGAACCAAUACAUCAUGGAAGUAUGACUUCACAUAAGGACAUCCUGGCCUGGAUGAAGGCUUCCUGACCUGGACAUUAAGAUGGUCAGUUUAAGCAAAGCACUGGGUUCCUUGACUGUUGCUGCUAUCCCUUGUCAAGUGUGAAUCUGCUCCCCAGUGUGAUUUGCUCCCUGGCCCUCUUGAGAGUUGUAAACUUGAUAAUUUUAGACCCUGGCUUUGGACAUUCCAAAGUUAGGGUUCAGAAUUUGUAAAAUACUUUUCUUUUUUGAGGGUGGUGGGUAUUAGGGGCACAUUACUUGGUCUUACAAGAAUUCGGGAAACCUCUUAUAAUAUUUCUUUCCAGUAAAUAAUGCCUUUCAGAGUUCA